AACAAGAAACACGCAAUCAUCUGUUAGAAACAAAUCCUCGAAGCAAACUAAACAGCCAAAGCCAUCAUAACUCCAUCAAAACUGAAAGUAACACUUUCAGGUAUCCCCAAACAGAGUCGGCAGGCAACGUACUAUCACUAAUCACCAGUAUUACAUAAACGAGACGUCACAAUCAUGCAUUUUUAUAUAACGGCGCUCGCGCGGGCCCGAGAGCCGGACCCGCGCCAGUACCCGCACGCCAGCCGCCCGCGACGCACGUCCCGUCAAACCGAAAUGAGUAACGACCAAAAAAAUCAAAAUUAACAACCGCGUACCAAAAAAACAUGUACUAAACAUCCUUCAGAUAAGAUCCUCAAAUUUUCCCUUCAUAAUAAUAUGAAUCGAAAGUGAAAACAAGUGCACUGACCGACGCAACAUGUUCAGCGAAAAUAGAUGGAAAGUUAUUUUGCUUGUGGUGGCGUCCGUCGCCGCUGUCGAGCCGAGCCGGGCGCUCAGCCUAGUCUAUCAGAAGCCGUACAAGAACGUAAUGUUCGUGCCCAAAAACCUUUACCGGAGGACCAGGGCGAGGCAGUCCAGGGUUAUAUUCCUGGACGAAGACGAGAACCAUCAGCCAUUCGGCAAGGGUGAGAUCGAUUUGACGCAAGACAAGAACUACUCAAAGAUCAAGUUUGAUGAUCAAACGGACUAUGAGUUCACGUCGGCUGAUGAUGCGGAGAUUCCGAAAAAGUUGCCUGAGGACUUGCCUUCGGGGAACGAGAGGUUUUACGAGCCUUUACCUCGGUUUCGACCUUUCCAACCUCAUCCCCAUUACUACCAAGGCCGUUUUGGGCGGACUUAUGCCCCGAACUAUGGCUUCGAUCCCUACCCCGUCUCUCCUUUCGCUCCGUCAGUUCGGAACGGGUACUACCCGGGUUGGAAGCCGCGGUCUCCUAGAGUGGUGUUUCCUUAUGCGUCGGAAAGUGUAAAUUCAGUGCAGACGAACGCUCACGCCGGCCCCGGUGGUCCAGGCGGUCCGGGCGUGCCAGGCGGCCCCGCUGCUCCUAGUUUCACUGAUAAUAUCGUGUUUCGUGAUCAAAAUUUCGGUCUCAAUGACGUUGGUGAUGAACAAACCCUACAGGAUAUUGGAACUCCUUCGGGAACAGCUGAUGGAUUCGCUGAAAGAGAUGCCAACGGCCCACAUCGAGCUCGUUACGACACAGACUAUAAAUUAAAAAGAAAAAAGCACGUACUAGAGAAGCCAAUGUUUAUACAAACCGACCAAUCCCAAGUAAAGAGGCUUGACGUUUACGAAUUCCCAAACGUGACGAAUCGUCUAGCGGACUUACCGAAAUUCAAGCCAAUUUCGGACGAGCAAAUGUUGAAAAUAAACGAUAUUUUAGACAGUUUGCCUUCAAGACUGCCUAAGAGGAAGGGGAGAGUGUUGAACACCCCUGGAACGUCAAAUUUUGUGACGACUGAAAAGAAUGAGUCGAAUGAUCGGCAAGAUGGAAAACAAUGCCCUCAGGGUGGAACAUGCGAGUUUUUCUUCUACUGCUGGAUGGUCGGGGGACUGUUAGACGGGUCCUGUGGGAGUCUUCUUAAGGGAUGCUGUCAUAGGGUCGCGAAAGCAGGCAUACUUGGCGUACAAGAUUCGAAUAGUCUGGAUUACGGGAAUGAAGGCCUGAGUUACGGCCCCGUCGUCAAUGACGAAAGCUGCGGCAUAGCGGUGAGCAAGCAGACGGCUCAGCGACGUAUUGUCGGCGGCGACGACGCUGGCUUCGGCACCUUCCCAUGGCAAGCCUACAUCAGGAUAGGAUCCUCAAGAUGCAACAUGCUUAUGUCGAUAUUCGAGCUAAUCGGUUGGAAGCAGUGUUGGAUAGAGAGAUGCGGUGGCUCGCUAAUAUCACGUCGUCACGUUGUGACUGCGGGUCACUGCGUGGCACGCGCUCAGCCGCGUCACGUUCGCGUCACGCUGGGUGACUACGUCAUCAAUUCGGCAGCUGAACCGCUCCCGGCUUAUACCUUCGGCGUGAGAACCAUCAAAGUCCACCCCCUGUUCAAGUUCACGCCCCAAGCCGAUAGGUUCGAUGUGGCUGUGCUGACGUUGGAUAGAAACGUGCAUUAUAUGCCACAUAUAGCCCCCAUCUGCCUACCGGAGCGAGGGUCAGACUUCCUUGGGCAGUACGGCUGGGCAGCGGGUUGGGGCGCGCUCAGCCCUGGCUCCCGCCUUCGCCCAAGGACGCUGCAAGCUGUGGACGUGCCUGUACUCGACAAUAGAGUAUGCGAGAGAUGGCACAGGGCUAAUGGUAUAAACGUAGUCAUAUACCCCGAGAUGUUAUGCGCGGGCUACCGCGGCGGCGGCAAGGACUCCUGCCAGGGCGACAGCGGAGGCCCGCUCAUGCUGGAGCGCUCCGGGCGCUGGUACCUCAUCGGCGUGGUCUCCGCGGGCUACAGCUGCGCCAGCCGCGGCCAGCCCGGCAUCUACCACCGGGUAGCACACACCGUCGACUGGAUAUCACACGCCACCACCCUUUCAUAACAUUUGUUUUUUUUCAUACAGUAUAUUAACAUAAAAGUAUAUAGGGAUUAACGCGAAUUUUAAUUGAUUAGCACGACGGAAUCUGCUCGUGACCACGGCCGGUGUAACUGAGGCCCCAAUUCUGCUAUU